GUACGUUCAGAACUUCAAGCAGGUCCUCGACUUCGAGGACAAACAUGGCUUUGGCGGCUUGGGGUCGGAGGAAUACCACGCGCUGACGAACGGGAUUUUCAAUCAGCACCGGGGUACAAUGCUGGAUGUAGCCAAAGGAGUGUUCGAGUUCAACGAGGAUUUGAACAAGCUCUUCGGCCCUGACCUAGAGUUGGCCGAGUUGCGUCAUCUCGAUCUCAUUCAGGACAUCGAGCGCUCCCUCGAUGAGUUCUUCACCAACCGCCUCACUUUGCGCCUGAUGAUCUCUCAC